AUGACCAACAUCAUUCUCUCACAAGAUGUCAGCUUAACUCGGAUUCUGACGGGUUGCUUCGCUCUCCUCUGCACCUACACCUUCACCUCCCUUCUCAUCACAUACUUCUCCUCCCAGGCCCGCUACCUUCGAUUGCAACAAUGGACAGGCAUCAAGCACGGCCAAUUCGCGACGCUCAGAGCAUCUCUUGAAUCGUUCAAACACGGCCGUGACAUGAUCAUUGAUGGUUACCAUGAGUUUUCUCAAAAAGGCCGUGCAUAUGUACUACCGCAGCUUGGAAGUGAUGACAUCAUGGUGCUCCCACCGGCACAGCUGCAGGAACUAAUGCAAAGGCCGGACGAUGAGCUCUGCGUGAGAGUGAUAUUGCAAGAACUCAUUGCAGCCAAGUGGACGGGUGAUAUGGAUGUCGCGGCGCACAAUCCACUCCACCUGGAAGUGGUUCGACACCAACUCACUCGAAAGCUCCCCACUCUCAUCGAACACGUCUAUACAGAGCUGGUGCUGGGCUUCCAAGAGCAAUGGAAAGCCGCGCCACACGAAUGGACUGAUCUUGUGAUAUGGGACUCACUCGUCAGAAUUGUCAGCCGUGCAGCGAACCGAGUCUUUAGUGGCACCGAGCUAUGUCGCGAGCCGGAGUUUCUGGAUAGCAUGCGGGAUUAUGCCCAGCGAAUCUUUGCAUCGGCAGCGGUUAUCAACGUCAUUCCCAGAGUGCUGCGUCCUUUCACUGCGCCCUUUUUGACGUGGAAGUUGCGGGGCUAUAUCAAGACAUGCAAGAAGUAUGCUGUACCUAUUAUCGAGCGACGGCUGAAGGAGAUUCAAAGUGGUCAGCAACGAGAGUCACCGAACGACGCUCUUGAAUGGGUCAUCGAAGAAUGCUUCAAGCAAAACGACCCGUCAGAACUCGACACCGAUAAGAUCUGCCGCCGCCUCAUGCGCCUUAAUAUGGUUACCAUUCACAACACAUCCUUCACCAUCACGAAUGCACUCCUAGAUCUCUACAGCUCGCCCCGUUCUGCGGAAUUCGUGUCCGCACUCCGGGAUGAAGUCACGGAAGUCCUGCACAAGCACGACGGCAAAUGGACCAAAGCCUUCAUCAAUGACCUCGUCAAGGUCGACAGUGCGAUUAAGGAGAGUAUGCGGGUGACCGCAUUUAACAGCGUCGGCGUGCUAAGGGCGGUAAUUAAGCCUGGAGGGAUUACACUUAACGUGCUUCACCACCGAGCGAGCCACACCACCGAGCGGGCCACUUUUGCCAAGAACUGUACCACUUCCACUUUGAUUACGACGGUAUCUUAA